CUCACCAAACGCUGCAAACACUGCACACACUGUUCACUGACUGAACAUUUUCACUGUGAAACUGUUGCCCAAACUUUCAUAACAAUUUGCACUGUUUUGCCGUUCAAGUGACCCUACCUUCACAUCUAGGCCAUUACCGAUUUGCUUUGCGUUCACAAGAGAUGUCCGAUAAGAGAGAACCACCGAAAGGACAGCCCAUUCAAAGCCGAGUUGAGCCGAAAGGUGAUGGGAUCAGAUCGAUGGGUGCGACCAAUGUGUUCCGGGUGGUCAACUUCGAGCUGUUUGUAAAACCGAACAAGUAUGCCAUGAGUGCCGGUGUCUGUGCCCUAACCCUGUGUUUCGGAUAUAUUUUUUAUAUGAAUUAUAAGGCCAGAGCUGAUCCCUCCACUUAUAUCGCACUCAAUGAAGAUGAGACACAAACCAUACAACGAAGACAAUCCAAGUGGCAAUGA